AUGGCCUCAAACAUCAUCCAGUGUUCAAUCAUAACCUGAGACUACUGCAAUUUUUUGGAAUGAAUUAAAAAAAUUAACUCACAAACAUGGAGACUGACCAAAUCUCAACAUGACAGAUGCAUCAGCCUUAAGAGAUUUUACUCAGCCGGACGAGCUGAGCGACCUGACCCUGGUGAUCGGUGGCACCCCCCUCCAUGUCCACAAACAGUAUCUGGCCGAGUGGUCACCUGUGUGGCGUCAGAUGUUCCUGGAGGAAUGUUCCAACCCCCAGGGACUGCGGGAAAUCUUAAUGCCAGAUAAAAACUUACAAGAAGUUACAGAACUGUUGCACUGUAUCUACUCCACACAGAAACCUAUCUCAGAUUCUAAUGUGAAAUUCUUACUACAACUUUCUGAUGAAUUCCAAAUAAAUCGUGUGAAGGAACGAUGUGAACAGUUUCUCAUAACCCAGGAGAGAUCUCUAGGAAUGUUAGUCCUGGCAGAAAAAUACAAUCUUAGAUCCCUCUACAAACACUGUAUGGAGUACGCCAAAACCAAAACACUGGAGGAACUGGACUCGAGUCCCGAGUGUAAAAAGCUGUCAUCUAAGACACUGUUACAGAUCUAUCACGACAAGAUUGAGAUGUUCAGGGACUACUCCAAUGACUUAACACAGAGAGACAGACGUACAAUGCUGGAUUGUGAGACAUUGAAGAUGGAGAAGGCAAACAUGUUGAGGAGUUUACAGGGCAUACAGAAACUCUGGGAUACCCCGAGUAAGAGGUGCUUCAGGCAUAUCGCUGACGGUGCCUUUAAUUACAGCUGUGCAGACUGUAAUGAAAAAAUCUACUUCGAGGUUCGGAAAUUGUGUGGGGAGGGGCAGCACCUCAGACGGUACUUUCCUAAAUCCUCAGAGAAGAAGUCGUAAAUAUCAUUGCUAGAUUAUAGUAAAAUUUCAAAUUGAGCAUAAUCUUAUUGUAGGAUAUGGAGCUUCAUUCAAAUCAACAAAUCUAGACUGCAGAAUUAACUAUCUCACUGGCAAAUGUACCCAUCAAACACUUUGAGUCCAUUUUGAAACAUAGUACUGUAUCUGAAAUUUUGUUUAAACUGGACAGAAAUUGAAUCAGAAAUUAACACUGUAAAUCACUUUUUAUUUGCAAGAACUUUAUUUUCGCAUAACUAUGCAAGUCUGCCUGCUCGCCCAAAUUUUAUUCUCACGAAUAUUUGUAUUGUUAUGGAUUGUAGACAAAAAUCACAACAGCUCGUGAAAAUUUUUACUCGCUUUUAAAUACCAGAUAGCUGUCUCACGAAAAUAAGGUGUGGUGAAAAUAUAGUGAACUACAGUAUAUGAUCUUAGCAAUCACUGUUCAUUGUUUGUUAUUUGUUCAGUCAAUAAAUUUAAUA